AGCGCGCAUGCUUUACGUGAUCGUCAAAAAGCAGUUCUGAUCAGCAUUUUCAGCUGUGAGCACAAACCGAGUGGUUGCACACUACCCGUAGAGGGAGAAAAAAAUAUUCUUAUAACUUCUGCAUUACCGUACGUCAACAACGUGCCUCAUCUAGGCAAUAUUAUCGGUUGUGUGCUUAGCGCGGAUACAUUUUCCAGAUUUUGCGAAUUGAAAGGCUGGCGUCACUUGUUCAUUUGCGGAACAGAUGAAUAUGGCACAGCAACUGAAAUGAAAGCACUUCAAGAAGGUUUAACUCCAAAGCAAAUCUGCGAUAAGUAUUUCGAAAUCCAUAAAUCCAUUUAUGAAUGGUUCAACAUUAAAUUCGAUCGUUUCGGACGCACAACGAAUCCUCAUCAAAUCGAGCUUACACAAGACAUCUUCAUGAAACUCUAUGCAAAUGGCUUCAUUUCAAGUGGCAGUGUUGAUCAGUUGCAUUGUGACGAAUGCGAUCGCUAUCUUGCUGAUCGUUACGUACAUGGCGAGUGUCCGUAUUGUCAUUACGAGGAUGCACGCGGUGAUCAAUGCGAUGCAUGUAGUAAAUUAAUCAAUGCUGUUGAGCUGAUUAAACCGCGUUGUUAUAUUUGCGAUCAAACUCCAACAAUUAAGCGAUCAACACAUCUUUUCAUUCAGCUCGAUGAAUUGUCGAAAGCCGUUGAUGAGCAUAUAAAUAAUCAGUUGAAAGAGUCCGCAUGUCAUUGGUCAUCGAACGCAGAGUCAAUAGCGAAAAGCUGGAUCAAACUGGGUCUUGAAAAACGUUGCAUUAGUCGUGAUUUGAAAUGGGGCGUACCUGUACCACUAGAAGAAUUUAAAGAUAAGGUAUUUUACGUUUGGUUCGAUGCACCAGUCGGAUACAUGUCGAUCACAAAGGAGCUUCUAGGUGAUGCGUGGACUUCAUGGUGGAAGAAUCCCAAAAAUGUGGAACUAUACAAUUUUGUUGGCAAAGAUAAUGUCGCAUUUCACGCCUUUAUGUUUCCAGCCUCACAACUCGGAGCACGUGAUGGUUAUACCGUUGUGAAUCAUCUUUGUGCCACAGAAUAUUUGAAUUAUGAGGGCACCAAGUUCAGCAAAUCACGAGGAGUGGGAGUUUUCGGUGAUAUGGCCCGUGACACUGGCAUUGAAGCAGAUAUUUGGCGUUUCUAUUUGCUUUAUCUACGACCCGAAACUCAAGACACCUCGUUUGCUUGGGAUGAUUUCGCGUUAAAGGUCAAUUCAGAAUUGCUGGGCAACUUGGGUAACUUCGUGAAUCGAGCGUUGUCUUUUGUUGCGUCCUCAUUCAAUGGUGUCAUACCUGAAAUGGAGUUGGAAGAAGCCGAACUUGAACUGCUCGAAGAAGUGGCAAAGCAUUUAGCAGAUUACGAUACACUCUUAAGUCAUAUUAAACUUCGCGAUGGCAUCUCAAAAAUAUUGCAAAUAUCACGACGUGGCAAUCAGUAUAUUCAAGCGAUGCAGCCUUGGGUGUUGGUGAAGGGAGAUGCGCAACAAAAGAAGCGUGCUGGUACAGUGAUGGGUGUUGCGGCGAAUAUUUCGUAUUUGUUGUCGAUCUUAUUGUAUCCGUAUAUGCCGCAAACCAGUGAUCGUAUUCGUCAGCAGUGUGCUCUACCCGAUUUACCAAUGUUAACACUCGAUCCAAUUUCAUACCUCAAAAUUGGUCAUCGAAUCGGCAAGCCUGAGCCAUUAUUUGCUAAAAUGGAAAAGUCAUUAGUGGAGGAAUUUAAACGCAAAUUUGGUGGUGGUGGCACCGAAAGUGAUACGAAAAGAUCAGCGCAUAAGGAAAAUAAUGAGAAGAAGAAAAAGAAGUCGACGAAGGUCAUUGAAAAGGACUCAAAUAUUGCUAAUAUAAAAGUUAACGCGAAGAUGAGUGCAAAAUAUCCAGGCCAUUGUGCUAUUGAUCGGAUUGUGCUCGAAACAGUUCUUUGGUUUUCUUUUACAGGUGCAAAGAGUGGUGAUGAUUCAGUGGAUAUCGGUCGUUUGGAUCUGCGUGUUGGGCGUAUUCUGGAAGCAUCAAGGCACCCGGAUGCAGACGCACUCUAUGUUGAGAAGGUCGACCUUGGUGAAGCACAACCACGUACUGUCGUUUCAGGACUGGUUCGUCAUAUGGUAGAUGACGGCUGGUUGGUUGAUCACAAUAAUUUGAUUGAUGCGAUGGUUAUGUGUGCAUCUACGCCAGAAAAGGUUGAAAUUCUUGAUGUGGAUCCAUCUUCUCAGCCCGGGCAGACGGUCACUUGUCCACCGUUCGAGAGUCGUCCAGAUGCGUUGCUGAAUCCGAAAAAGAAAGUUUGGGAGACAGUAGCAGUUGAUUUGACAGUAGCGACAAAUGGACAAGCCUCCUACAAGGGUCAUCCACUUCUGGUUAACGGCAAAACACCGGUGACAGCCGCAACUCUGAGAAAUGUUCCAGUGAAAUAG